AUGCUGAAAGAGAAGGCACUAAAAGAUGUUGAUAAUCUGCCUCAGUACUUUGCUUCUGCUGAGUCUGCAUCCCAAAUGGUUCAGUUGGCGGGUUUUCACAAGUUCAAAAAUUCUGCUGAAGCUUUGGCUGCUGCUGUAGCCCUCAAUGAAGGGAAGGCAUGCAAGCCUCUUCGUUCUGUACUCAAGAAGGUCAUGAAGACUGAAGUACAGAAGAAACUUCUUGUUCUGGAUGCUAAGCUGGGCACAUCUAUUAAGGACAAGUUACCAGAGUUAGAGAUUGUGAGCAACAGCAGCGUGAUGGAGCUCAUCCGAUGCAUCAGAGGCCAAAUGGAGUCCCUCAUCCCUGGCAUAUCCGAGAAAGAGGCUUCUGCUAUGAUGCUUGGCCUUGGACAUAAUCUUGCCCGUUACAAGCUGAAGUUCUCACCAGACAAGGUUGAUACCAUGGUGGUGCAAGCAGUCAAUCUACUCGAUGACCUUGACAAGGAACUCAACAACUAUGUGAUGAGAGUCAAGGAGUGGUAUGGAUGGCACUUCCCUGAACUCUCGAAAAUCCUGGUAGAAAAUACUGCUUAUGUUCAUACGAUCAAACUAAUGGGCAUGCGAACCAACGCCAGCACAACAGACUUCAGUGGCAUCUUGGAUGAGGAACAAGCAGAGCUUGUGAAAGAGGCUGCCGAAGUGUCCAUGGGAUGUCAAAUUAAUGAUGAAGACAUUUUGUACAUGAGGGAGCUGUGUGACCAGAUAUUGGACCUGACGAGUUACAGGUCGCACUUGUCCGACUACCUGACGCGCCGCAUGACUUGCCUCGCCCCAAACCUCACCAUAAUGCUGGGGGAGCUCAUAGGCGCUCGCCUUAUUGCUCAUUCUGGCUCCCUCAUUAACCUAGCCAAGAACGCCUCGUCUACACUCCAGCUUAUUGGGGCGGAGAAAGCGCUCUUUAGGGCACUCAAGACCAAGAAGGCCACCCCCAAGUAUGGUCUAAUUUACCACGCAGAGAUGGUCAACCGAGCUCCUGCUGAUUGUAAGGGCAAGAUGUCCCGCAUGUUGGCGGCAAAAGCGUCGUUGGCAGCGCGCGUGGAUGCUCUCAGUGAGGAGACCAGCACAAAGAUUGGCGAGGACAGUCGAGUCGCUCUGAUCAAGAAAGUAAACUUCCUGAGCGCCGGCAAGUCGCACCAACUAUCUGGACGCAGCAAACACCAGGCCAAGAGCAAGCCUCACUUUUCCGAUAGGAGCGGUGCGGAGAGUAUAUACCCUGUGAGUCAAGAUACCACGAUCUCGGCUGUGAAACGCGAAAGAACAGACGAUGAAGUGGAGCAGCCUGCUGCCAAGAAGCCAAAAACCGAGAAACUAGAGCCCGAAGAAGGUGGAGGAGAGAAGGAGAAGAAGAAGAAAAAGAAGGUAAAGAGUGAACCUGUAGAGAGCGUGGUGACGGAAGAAGCAGUUGCUCUCCAUGACGUGUCCGUGGAGAAAAAGAAGAAAAAGAAAAAGAAGAAGUGCAAAGAAGAAGACGAACAGGAGUAAACUUUACUGAAUUGCAAUGUUGAAGACAAGCGAAUAACUCUGAACAGCUGUUGCUAAAAUAAAUUUCUAUUAAA